AUGACCACUACCCCUGGCUUAGGGGAAUGGAAACCCUUUGGGAAUGGACUCGGUCGAGCUAGGCAAACUCGACCGAUUGGUCAAGGAGAUGCUCCAAACCGCCACCAACAGAGACAAGGGAUUGUUCCACCACCAGUGCAGAACCACAACUUUGAGAUCAAGCUGGGAAUGAUCAACCUUGUCCAGAACAAGAUGUUCCAUGGAUUGCCAAGUGAAGACCCCAUUGACCACCUUGAUGAGUUUGAUAGGCUUUGUGAUUUGACAAAGAUCAAUGGUGUCUCUGAAGAUGCCAUCAAGCUGAGACUCUUUCCUAUGUCUCUAGCUGACAAAGCUCACCAAUGGGAGAAGAGCUUGCCCCAUGGCACAAUCACCACUUGGGAUGAAUGCAAGAAGGCCUUUCUUGCUAAGUUUUUCUCCACCGGUCGCACAGCCAAGCUUAGAGGAGAGAUAUCCAGCUUCAUCCAGCGAAACAAUGAGACAUUCGCAGAGGCUUGGGAGAGGUUCAAAGGCUACACAAGUCAGUGCCCACACCAUGGAUUCAACAAUGAAUCACUACUCUCCACUCUUUAUAGAGGAUGCUUGCCUAGGUAUAGGGAGAUGCUAGACACAGCUAGCAAUGGGAACUUCCUCAACCAGGAUGUAGAUGAUGGCUGGCAACUUGUGGAGAACAUGGCCAUAUCAACAGAAUGCUAUGGAGAGCAUAUGAAAGUACAGACUGGAGCUCGACCGCGCACUCGAUCGAGCUGGACGCUCAGAUGA